CUCUUACCUCACUCACUCAUUCACUUACUCUCCCUACAUCAUCAUCAUCAUCAUCAUCUUGAUACCUAUCACCAUACCUUUAUAGUAGUAUACAAUGUCUUAUCAAACAGUACCAAAGACACCUUUGACAACCUCACCUCAUGGUCCAGGCCACGGUCAUCAGAACGCUUUACCAAGGUCAUUGACAGCCGUCUCGUCGCCAUCGUCCAUGUCAGUAGUUCAACCGAGAGCUGCUACCAGACAUGCCAGUCACCUCAAUCCCAUCUUCUACAACUUCAAAUGUCACCAGCAUCUCUGUCACCUCUCAGCAGCACACCCAGAUCAAGUCCACGAUCAAUGUCUGAUCACUCACCAUCACUCAGUCGUCCUUUGACGCCUGGCAACCAAGACGAUGAGCUGCCCUAUCCCAAACAAUCACCGCAUCUCUGGAGGAAGUUAGAGUACUACUCCAACCACCUGAACACAUUCAUUGCAGACACCAUGCGAAACAAAGACUUUGGCAACAUACCAACAUUGAACAACAAGUUCCAGGAGCUCACCAAUGCGGUCCAAGAGAUAGAGAUCACGAACAACAUAUACAAGACACUACCUCCACAGACUAGAUCAAGGAAGAAGAGAGCCACCAAAGCAGAGAGACUCCAACAAGACCCAAACGCGAUCAAGGUUGAGGACAUUCGUUACGACGCCCAAGAG